AUGUUGAUUAAAUUGAAAAACCGUCUAACUAAUUACAUUGAAUCCAAUGUGAUCUCCGAAGGAUAUUUAAUAUCGUUAGUUGAACGGUUGGAAAGUUCAGGUCACACAUUCAAUUCGUGCAAUCGAGGCUACAAACAAUCAACUAAAUUGUCAACUUAUCAACACACUUGGCACGUAAUUAAUCAUCUUUGGUAUUUUGUCGUUUGCACUCGAUCGAUAAUCUUGAUGAAUUCGGACAAUCCCCUGGACUCUUUGUACCUUGGUGACUUUUUCAGUUCCACUCCGGGUAAAAAUUUUCUCCAUGCGAACUUGAUUGUUUACUAUUUACUAUUUUUCUCCUCACGAGCAGCAGUUCACAUUAAAGAAUCGAGUAGACCAAUGUUGAUGUUUCAGUUUUUCGAUCAGAUCAAAUAUAAAGGGUUCGAUUCUGCUAACCAAUUAUUAUCAUCGACAAACUAUUUCACAUGGAGGAUUUAUCUCUAUAUUGCAUUGAAGUUUUACUUCAUCGGAAUCCCCACCGUGGCUUUAUCGUUGUUCAUUCUUUGCCUUGUUUUCGCACUCGAAAACCCGUCGCUCUAUUUGUCGGUUUACCAUUUUCUCUGGUACUUUUUCUGGUUACUUCUAAUUACUGGUCCACUUUGUUUCAAUGUUUUCGUCCUUUUCUGGUACUACACUCAUACAAUGUGUCUGGUUCCUUACCUUUUCCUUGCGUUUUCUGAUAUCAACGAAACGGGUACGAUGUUAAAUGGACUUUCAGACCCACGGGAAUUAGCGGAUCAAUUGAAAACCAUUCGAACUUAUUUGAAGAGACAAAAUCGUCUUCUUAAUUUACUGAAAAUUUACAAUGUCGACAUUUCGACGACCAUGUGGACUGGUUAUUUGAUCUCUUGUUUCCUUGCCGAUUUCAGCCUGUUCAUGGGACUUUUUGUCGAUUCGGGUUCUUUUACCAUGAAUGUGAUCAGUUUAUCGCUCGCAAUAACCGCUUUCUCAAACUUAUUUUUACUUCAUUUUUCUGGUCUUUUAGUUAACAAUAAGAUUAUGAGUAUUCAGGAAAAUAAUUUCAAUCUUCAGGCUCGAGGAGUGAAUAUUUUCCCAAAAUCGAUAUCAAUUUGGAUCAAUUCGACUCAAGAACGAAUCGAAAAUGGUGAAAUCGGAGUUACAAUUUGUCAUAUUUUCGCAGCUACUCAAUCAUCGUUACUUUAUUCAAUCCUUGAAAAUAGUGGCAUUUUCAUGAUGUUUGUUGCUAAUUUUAAAAAGAGUUGAUUACUGAUCAUAUUGUAAUCGAGAAGAAAAUUUCUUCCAUUAAUUGUUGGAUUGAUUGAUAACGAAACGUAAUUGAUUGAUUAAACUUUUAAU